AUGCGCUGGUCGUCGCUCCUCACUUCCCUCACCCUGCUCGCAGCUGGUGCUUCUGCUGCAAAGCAAUCAGCAACCGACAGAUUCGACGAGUUCCACGCCAAGUCUCUCAAAGCAUCACCCUUCAAACUUGACGAUGCCUCAUACAAGAAGCUCACCGCUGCUCCACGCGACUAUACUGUCGGUGUCCUACUAACGGCAAUGGAUGCUCGGUUUGGCUGCCAACUGUGCCGAGAAUUUCAACCGGAAUGGGAUCUGCUCGGUCGAACCUGGACCAAGGGCGACAAGCCUGGUGAAUCAAGAAUGCUCUUUGGCACGCUGGACUUCUCUGAUGGACGGGAGACAUUCAUGUCUCUGGGUCUCCAAACGGCACCGGUACUCUUGCUUUUCCAGCCUACAUCGGGACCUCACGCUGUGUCCAACGCUGAGCCGCUGCGAUACGACUUCACCAACGGGCCCCAGAUCGCUGAGCAGGUCCAUGCCUGGAUCGCCCGCCACCUCCCUGAACGCCCUCACCCUCCUAUCAAGCGACCGAUCAAUUGGAUGCGGUGGAUUGUGAGCUUAACAAUCAUCUCGGGAGGUUCUACCUUUGCCGUCGUUGCCUGGCCAUAUAUCCAGCCGAUUGCGCAAAACCGGAACCUCUGGGCUUUCGCUACCGUCAUUGGCAUCCUGGUCUUCACGAGCGGUCAUAUGUUUAACCAAAUCCGAAAGGUUCCAUAUGUCGCUGGUGACGGCCGCGGAGGUAUAAGCUACUUCGCAGGUGGCUUUCAGAACCAGUAUGGCUUGGAGUCACAGAUCGUGGGCGCCAUGUAUGGCGUUCUAGCCUUAGCAUCGAUUGCACUUAUCAUGAAGGUUCCUCGUAUCGCGGAUCCUAAGUCGCAACAAGUAGCUGUCAUUGUCUGGGGCGGCAUCUUGUUCGUGAUGUACAGCUUCCUGCUCAGCAUUUUCCGCAUCAAGAACGGCGGCUACCCCUUCUCACUACCGCCAUUCAUGUAA